GAACUACUGGACUGCCCCUCCAAACUCAAAGCAGUCAACCAGUCGCAGCUCCUACGCAGUCCCCACUCCGAAGGGCCACGGUCUCACCAACCCACCACCAUGGCCGAGCGCCUAGCUGCAGCCGCCGCCCUCCGUACUUCCGCUCCGUACCAUCCCUCCCCGUCCGGCCGCCGCGCCGGGCCAUCCAACUCCGCCUUCUUCCCGUCCUCAUCCUCGCCUUCGCCGGCUCUCCGCCGCGUCAGCCUCCGCGCCGCGCCCUCCCAGAAGGCCAAGGCGGCGGGGAGGGGGCGAUCUUUGAGGUGCAUGGCGGCGGCGUCGGACGCGGCGCAGCUGAAGGCCGCGCGCGAGGACACCAGGGAGCUCCUCAAGACAACCCACUGCCAUCCCAUCCUGGUUCGUCUGGGAUGGCACGAUUCUGGCACAUAUGACAAGAAUAUUGAGGAGUGGCCACAACGUGGUGGGGCUAAUGGAAGCUUAAGAUUUGAUGUUGAGUUGAAACAUGGAGCCAAUGCAGGUUUGAUAAAUGCUCUAAAGCUUAUUCAACCGAUCAAGGACAAAUAUCCGAGUAUCACUUACGCAGAUUUAUUCCAGUUGGCAAGUGCUACAGCAAUUGAGGAAGCUGGUGGCCCAAAGCUUCCAAUGAGAUAUGGACGGGUUGAUGUCACAGGACCUGAGCAGUGUCCACCUGAGGGCAAGCUUCCUGAUGCUGGCCCAAGUGCACCUGCUGACCACUUGAGGGUGGUAUUCUACAGAAUGGGCCUUGAUGACAAGGAAAUUGUUGCAUUGUCUGGCGCACAUACACUUGGAAGGUCUAGGCCUGAACGGAGUGGCUGGGGGAAACCUGAAACGAGAUAUACUAAAAAUGGUCCUGGUGCCCCUGGUGGUCAAUCAUGGACAGCUGAAUGGCUGAAGUUUGAUAACAGUUACUUCAAGGAGAUAAAAGAGAAGAGAGAUCAGGACCUUCUGGUCUUGCCUACAGAUGCUGCAUUAUUUGAGGACCCAGCAUUCAAGGUCUAUGCAGAGAAAUAUGCGGAGGACCAAGUAGCAUUCUUUAAGGACUACGCCGAAGCUCAUGCUAAACUGAGCAGCCUGGGUGCAAAGUUUGAUCCUGCUGAGGGAUUCUCAUUGGAUGAUUAGUGUCGCCCGUGAGCCACAGAGCCAGAUCCCUUGAAGCGGCCAAUCACUAAAAAAAAAGGGUCAAGAGGCAACACUACAUAAUCCGUCAUUGUAUCCUCAUUCAUACAGGACGAAGCUUUUCCAAACUUCUUAUCAUACAGGAAUAAGGUUUUUCUUUCUUUCCAGCUUCACCAAGUUGUUAGAUUUGGGAACUGGGCCCGUGAGUAAGAAAUAAUACAGGCAUGGCAAACAAAUCUGGGACAUGUAUGUGGACCCACAGAGGGAUCCCCUGAUUCGAUGAGAAAAUUAUUUUUAUCUGGAAAUUUAUGUUGUCCAGUUCGUGCUCA